AUGGCUGGCUGCCAUGAAAGGCCCCUGAAAAGGCACUGGAAAGAACCUGUAUUGGAUUCAAGCCCCGAACGCUUUUCUGAAGAAGCACCUUCCUCGAUCAAGAAGGCUAGGAGGGUUUUGACGUCUCCUGGCUUUGACAAAACUCCUUCGAGGUCUCCCUCUCCCGUUGAAGACGACGCCGGAGAGGCUUCCAAGAGGAUUAUCUUAGCUGUACAAGAACAGUUAUCCGCCUUGGUAGGAGUUCUUUCGAAGGAUCCUCCUCGUAGGAAAGACGUGAAGCUUCCUGUCAAGAAGUCUCGUCUUCCUUCUCCCGCCAGGAGUGAGGCUCCUGUGGGACGUGAGGCGUCUUAUAGGCGUGAGAUGUCUUCUGAUAGAGAGUCGUACGCCGAAUAUGAAGCGCCAGACAAGCGCGAGUUUUCUUACAGACGAGAAGCGUCUUAUAGGAUUGAAGCGCCAGAUAAGCGCGAGCAGCUUAACAGGCGCGAGGAUUUAGCCAGACGUGACACGUCUGCCAAGCCAGCAGCGUCAGCCAAGUGCGAGGCGCCAGCCAAGCGCGAGGAUUCAGCCAGGUGCGAGGCGCCAGACAAGCGUCGUCCAAGCAAGGAUGAAGCGCCAGAGAGGCGCGAGGCGCCAGAGAGGCGCGAGGCGCCAGACAGGCGUAAUCCGUACAGGGAUGUAGCGCCAGAGAGGCGCGAGGCGCCAACCAGGCGCGAGACGUCUGCUUUGAUUCAUAGGGGCUCCGUACACACUCUUAGCCCCUCUCCAAUUAGGAGUUUGUCUCCCGCAGAGAGAGAAAUUGGGCAGGAAGACCCAGACUUGAAGUUGAAUUCUCCUUCUGAUCCUUUCUUGGAAGAGGACUCAGGAAAGACGGAGACCUCAAAGGCAGAGAAGGGCUUGUCUAACUACAAAGUUUUUGACCAGCUCCCUCCUCAUUCAGGGAAUACGGAGAUGCCUUGA